UAGAUGCAAUGCGGCGCGACUCAUGCAAGUUGAGCCUUCUUAUCGUCGUUGCUCAUCUCGGGGGCGCCGCCGCCUCACAACUCCUUCCAGAUUGGGAGGAGAAUAAAUAACACAUCGUGACGUCACCUGCAAACCGACCAAACAGCCCGCGGUCCGCUCGUCUUCUUCCAAUCAGCAGCAUCUUUUCCUGACCUCAACAAACACAAUCAACGCCAACCUUUGAAAGGCAAACAAUUGUCAGGCUUGGGUCAGUUUAACAGGGGACCAGUCCUGUUCGAAACCCCACCUACUAAUGCAACUUAUGCUUGACAAUUUCCCCAAAGACGUAAGAUGUUUUACAAUGCUCUGAUCCGCACCCAUCACAUCACCUCGCGCAAGAAGGUCUCCGCCCUGAAACGGGCAGCCGACAUGCACAAUUGCUUCGUGCUGCUGCGCUCCGGAGGUUGUCCGGGGAUUAUGUAUGUGGAAGCGAGAGACAAAGACGCCGUCGAGUCGUGGGUGAAUGUCGUGCGGAAUUUGAGGUAUAAGGAUUUUCAGCUGGUAACUCGACCGGGGCUCUUGGAGGUUGAGUACGAACAAAACAGCGCUGGAGAGCGGGCCGACCCCCCCAAGCAGAGGCCUGGCGUCUCUGAAAUUGACUCAGUCAAGGAAUUUGGGGGCCUGAUGGAGCAGCGGGGGGUUUGGAAGUGGUGGAGAAAGGGAAUGGGCUAUCUGAGUUGAUGGUUGCGUGGCGAUCUUUCGAGCGUUGGAAAUUCGGUGUUGGGAAAGUUCGUUUGCCAUCACAUUACAUCACUUAUCCCAAUCGGAUCAGCUGGUGCGCAAUAAUCAAAGAAGCAAUCAGAGUCCUAGCUGCGACUCGCCUCUGUCGAUGCGCAAGACCGCGCGGAGUCAACGCUACCCGGCUUUUUUGAGGGGCCACUUUUUUCAAACGCCACUGCAAUACACACCAACACGAGGGAUAACUACAGCACAACAGUCUGGUCUUGUUUUGUCAAGAUUCGUUCAUUCGUCCAUUAUCUCCCCCCCUUUCCAAAUCGUCAAUAUCUCCACUCAAUAAUCUCA